AUGGUGGAUAUGGACGAACCUGGGCUCUCAUCGCGGCUUGAGGCCAUGCCUGCCGUGGUGGACGAAGAGGUACCUCAUGGAACAGAUCUCGAAGCUGGCAUCUUGUUCGGUGAUGGCCAGCCACAAGAAGAGCCAACGCUGGUAGCCGACGAGGCUCCUUUUGAUAUGAGCUUUGAAGUUGGCAGCUUGCUUGGCGAUGGGCAGGCACAUGGACAACAGGUGCUGGACAAAGGUCCGGUUUUCACUGAGAAGGAGCGCGCGAACUAUGAGAGGACAAUCUUCGAGCAGAGCUUGGCAUCGAUUGGCGCAGGCAUGCCUGCCUUGCCAUGGGAGCAGGGCAUCUUCAAGGAGAUCUUUGGAGAAGCAAAGUCGGACAACUUGCCCACACUUGAAGACCUAGUCGCAUAUCCUGCUGGAGCGACCCCUGGAUCGUCAGAUGACGCAAGACUGCAAGUUGAGGUCACAGGUGUCACAUCAUCAUUGCCUGGAGACUUGCCGCUGUAUGCAAAGCACAUCAAAGCGAUGUGUGACAGAGAUUAUGCAGCAACGCUAGAUCUUACUUGGACUAAAGCUUUGGCAAGCUGGUUGAUCGUUCUUGAGGACUGCAACUUCGAAUCGUCAGUUGGUCGCUACGUUCAGGAGAAGCUGCAGUCCAUGGACAGGGAUGGUGCUUUGCUGUGCAUCAGAGAUGCGUGCGGAGUGCGGUCACCCUCCACCGUGUUGAAGAGGGCUCGAGACUUGAUCCUCUUCGUGAAGAGCGGAACCUUCUCGACUAUAUACUUGGAGAGCAAGGAGGAUGAGAAGCGUAGCAAGUUCAUCGGCAAGAACCUCAUCCAUGCUUUGAAGUUCUUCAAGUACAUCAUUGGGACAGAGUUCAACAUCGAAACUGUGCUGGGUCCAAUGUUGACAGGGAAAGUGAGCAGAGUCUUGGCGACUAGGGACCCGACUGAGCAAGCAAGGCCGUUGACAGUGGCAGAGGUGUUGAGGCUUGAAGUCAUGCUGGACACAGUCAGAAACAAGUACUUCAUCGGGUGCAUCCUCUAUGCCAUCUACUCUCGUUCGAGAUGGAGCGACAUGGCCAACAUUCACCACUUCUUCUUCGAUGUGAUAGACACAAACGAUGGCCCCUUCGGAUUCGUGGAAGCCAGAACCAGAAUCCACAAAACUUCGACCACUGCAGAAAGGAAAGCAAUGUACAUGCCGUAUGUGGCCUUGGUGAAUGGCAUUGGCAGUGGCAGUUGGGGCCUUAAGUGGAAAGUCGUUCUGGAAGAACUGGGGUUGCUCGACCUGGGAGCGCCUUUCGGCCCAAUCUGCAGAGCUCCUACGGUUGACGGUGGCUUCACCAAAAGGCCCGUGUCAACAAGUGAGGGAACGAACAUGAUCAAUGCGUACCUGGGAUACAAAGAUGGUGACCAAGCCGCCACAACAACUCACUCCCUGAAGAGCACCCUUCUUGUUUGGGCAGCGCGAUACGGCUUGAGCGAGCCGGUACGAGGUUUGUUGGGGCAUCACUCUUUGAAAGAGAAUAGUGUGGCGUGCUACAGUCGCGACAUGUUGAGCCAGCCCAUGCGAGAGCUUUGCGCCAUGGUCUACAACAUCAAGCUUGGGAACUUCGUACCAGACGGGACGCGCUCUGGGUGGAUGGUGCGGAAACAGGCACCGUUGUUCGAGCCACAUGCACCUGAUGACGCUGAGGCAGAUUACAUUGGAAGUCCAUCGGUUCUCGAGGGCGGAAAGGAUGUCUCUGCCGACACCGGCUUCGACCCGAACAACCCCUUCGGAGAGCCUGAACAGUUUGGCAACGUCGAAGAGCACAACGAAGAGCCAAAGGAAGGUGCUCGAGAUGGCGGAGACGAAGAUGGCGAAGGCUUCGUGGAAAGUGCCAGUGAGAGUGAAGGUUCGAGCGCAAGCUCCGACAAUGAAGAAGAGCUGCGCAAAGAAAAGGCCAGCGUCAUUGAGAGCGGCUUGGAGCCCGAGGUGAAAGGGCCUUUGAUGCAAAACAAGAGGAGCCGCAUGCUGCGCACGCAGAACCCUGACCCGAAGAACCAUUUGCAGCCUGUUACGUCAUGUGGACUUCAUGGCAGCGGUUUCACCGUCCUGGCAGAGGGGUCGAUUUUCAGUUGGCCCAAGUGCAGCAAGUGUUUCAAAGAUGCUGACAAUAAGUCGGUGAUAGACGUAGUCAACGCCAGCAAGCGUCGGCGUAUCUGA